AUGGCUCGUACUAAGCAGACGGCCCGCAAGUCCACCGGCGGCAAGGCGCCGCGCAAGCAGCUGGCCACCAAGGCCGCCCGCAAGAGCGCGCCGGCCACCGGCGGCGUCAAGAAGCCGCACCGCUACCGGCCCGGCACCGUGGCGCUGCGCGAGAUCCGCCGCUACCAGAAGUCCACCGAGCUGCUGAUCCGCAAGCUGCCGUUCCAGCGCCUGGUGCGCGAGAUCGCGCAGGACUUCAAGACCGACCUGCGCUUCCAGAGCUCGGCGGUCAUGGCGCUGCAGGAGGCGAGCGAGGCCUACCUGGUGGGGCUGUUCGAGGACACCAACCUGUGCGCCAUCCACGCCAAGCGCGUCACCAUCAUGCCCAAGGACAUCCAGCUGGCGCGCCGCAUCCGCGGGGAGAGGGCAUAAGCAGUUGAAGUUCGGCCCACUGUGAAUAACCCAAAGGCUCUUUUCAGAGCCACCAAAUUGUUUCACGGGAAGUUGCUGUAACAAGUUCGGAGUUAGGUGCCAAUUUAGAAGAAAUGUCGGUUACUGCUAAGCUGCGGCUAACUGCAGAUCCAGUAGCCCAGCAAGGCCUGUCAACACCACAAUAUUGUGAUAAUGAAUAUUCGUCUUUUUGGAAAUAAUUAGUCCAAGGUCUUAUACCCUAAAUUCAUCAUCACUUAGGACUUCUAUUUAGUUUUUUUUUUUUUUUAAUUUUCCCUCAGACUUUAGUGACUAUUCUUUAAUGUAUCAAGUCUGUUAU